UCGUGACUGUGUUGUUUAUUUUUCUUUCAUUUCUCCCAUCGGGUCAGUAAUCCUCCGAUCGUGGAUAAACUCGGAGGUGCAGAAACGCCUUUAACCCACUGCAGUGCUCCCAUCCCAAAUAAUAAUCCCCAAAAUCACGUGAAACGUUCAAUCAUAAAUCGGAUCCCCGAAAAAUGAGUGAGAGAGUGAAAUUCACGUGCGCCAAUGACAGAUAAUUAAUCUCUCGCGAGUUUUUUUUCCCACAAAAAAAAUUUCAGUUACGACACGACCCGGGGGGGAGGGGAAUCAUCGAGGUCAACAACAUAAAAAAUGAUGUCGAGUGGGAAUUUUGAGGAGCACGAGAGGAUGAUCACCCUCAUUCAGGAUCUCGCCGAUCUGCCGUGCACUGUUGUCCAGCAGAAUUUGAAUAAUUACAUUCAAUCAAAAACUCAAGCAAAAUUAUCAUUCCUAGCCCCAAUUCUCCCCGAAACUGAGGAGAUGGUAAUCAACGUUGUGGGUGAAAAAAUACUGGACAGAGGUCUGAGGUUUCCAGUAAGCCAGUCAAACGUUUGUAAUCACAUACUCCACAAAACCGUGAAGACCCGAAGAUCGUUGACAGUCAGUGCUAUCGAGUUAGAUCAGGAAUUGCUCCAGCACUUGUACUCUGUUAUUGAUCCAGUGCCAGACCGAUUUCUGAGUGUACCAAUUAAGCACCCAGUUAAACAACACAUUGCCCUAGUUGUUUGUAUAAUUGAUUAUCCGAAUGACAAAGACAUCGAGGAGAAGUGUACGAAAAUCAUCGAGGAGUGCUUCAGGUACUGCCUCGGACUCUUGCUGAGUACCCUGAGGUGUCAAGAGGAGACACGAUUAAAACUGCAGUGUCAGGAUCUCCUCAUUGUAUCUAGAAAACUCUUCAUGCAUUUGGGUGACUUGCCUGAUUUAUUGAGGGAGAUAAUGGUUAAAGCCAGGAAACUAACAAACGCCGAAAGAUGUUCAUUAUUUUUACUUGAUCAUGAGCACCACGAGCUCGUUGCUAAGGUCUUCGAUGGAGUUUCAACGAGUGAUGAAAUGAGAAUUGCAUUGGGCCAGGGGAUAGCCGGCCACGUCGCCACCUCUGGAAACUUGCUCAAUAUUCGAAAUGCUUACGAACAUCCACUUUUCUACAGUGGAAUUGAUGAGGCAACAGGAUUCAAAACGAGGAAUAUCCUGUGUUUUCCUAUUCGUGAUGAAAAUGGAAUUAUUGGCGUUGCUCAAUUAUGCAACAAAAUGAAUGGAUUAUAUUUUGACGUGUGCGACGAGGAAGUUGCAACGGCAUUCAGCAUUUACUGUGGAGUAUCCAUAAUGCACAGCAUUGUUUAUAAAAAAAUUCAGGACUCCCAGGCGAGGAGUAAACUCAGCAACGAACUGAUGAUGUAUCACAUGAAGCAGGUGGAAGAGGAGGCAGUUCAGGCGUUACUAAACUGCAGGGAUGAUCACAGCCCCAAGGACUUCGACAAGUUUCAUUUUCCCCCGAGAAAUAUCCCUCAUCAGCACACACCAUGUUAUGUACUUAAAAUGUUUGAUGAGCUAGAUCUCAUAAAGUCGUGGAAGAUAAAACGAAAAACAUUAGCAAGAUUUAUCCUGUACGUGAAAAAAGGAUACAGAGACGCUCCAUAUCACAACUGGAUUCACGCCUUUUCCGUAGCCCACUUUGCCUAUCUAAUGAUAAAAAAUUUGAAUUUAGUGGAGGACAAGUACUUCACACGUCUCCAGGCACUUGUUUUUCUAGUGUCUGGGCUGUGUCACGAUAUAGACCACCGAGGGACCAAUAAUUCAUUCCAAACCCAGUGUGGAACUGUUCUUGCCAGUUUGUAUAGCUCUGAGGGCUCGGUAAUGGAGAGACAUCAUUUAGCACAGUCCAUGUGCAUUCUCAACACCGAGGGUUGUAAUAUUUUUGAGAAUCUUGCCAGUGAGGAGUACAGCGAGGCUCUGGAUCUCCUGAGAAAUAAUAUUUUAGCUACUGACUUGGCAUCACACUUCAGGACCAUGGAUGAGCAGGAUGAAAUGGUGAAGAGUGGGUUCAACAGGGAUGAUCUGGGCCAUCAGAAGCUCCUGCAUGCCAUGUUUAUGACGUGCUGUGAUAUCAGUGAUCAGACUAAGGAUUGGAAGACUUCGAAGAAAACUGCUGAACAAAUUUAUGACGAGUUUUUCUCCCAAGGAGACUUGGAAAAAAGCAUGGGAACAGCACCAAUAGAGAUGAUGGACCGUGAGAAAGCCUCAAUACCCGAUCUCCAGGUCCAAUUCAUCACGAAUUUAGUCUUGCCAUUAUUUACGCAUUUAUCAGCAUUAUUUCCAGUUGCCAAUUGCCUCGUUGAAUCCAUAAAAAGAAAUAGAUGUAUCUGGCAGACAGCAAUUCCAAUAUUCCACAAGUACAGCGAGCAAGGGAUCAAGGGCAUGGACAUACUCCUCGACGUCAACAUCGAGGAGGAAAUUCUGGCUGCCUCUAGGUUGCAGAGUUCCACAGUUUAGCUUAGUAGAAUCAAAAAAAAAAUGAGAGAAUUGAGGAUACAAAGAUAUAAAUUAUUUAUUAAGUGACGAGUAAUGAGACAGUGCUUAAUUACGAUUUUACUUACUUUAGAUUGAGGGGGAGACACUUGGGGACAUUGUGAUAGAUAUUUGAGAAUCGUUGUAGGAUUAUUUCUAGUGAAUGCAGAUGUAGGUUUGAAGUGCGCUGGCGCCUUUCCUAUUGUACAAAUUUUAAUAGUUGGGGUGUAGUAGAUGACAUUGUGUUGAGUAGAACAAGAGGAUCGAGGGAUUCAGUGGGGGAGGACUGGAGGUACAAGUUAUUUUGGUCGUAUCGGCAAUGAAGAAAAAAACAACGGUUUUAGAAAAAUACUUUUUAAUUUGAGGCUAAAAACUAUUGAAUUAAUUAAUUCAACUAGACUUGGUUUGAGAAAUCACUUUCGUGUCAUUGAAAUAUUGUUCUCGUGUUUGGGACAAGUACACAAUUUUUUGAUGGAAGUUUUUUCGGAGUAGAAGAUAUUUUGCACUUGAAAAUUUACGGGCAUAAGUUUCUUGGUGCGAGUAAAGACGCGAGAGUAGAAGAAAUUUUUUCUUCUUGGCGUGUGGUAGUUGUGGGUCUAGGGGAACAGUCGGAAGACUUUUUUCGUUGCUCUUCACAUUUUUUUGCCAACACCAUUUAUUUACGAGAUAAUUUAACGAUUGAUGAUUGAUAAAUGAUGGGUCAAAACGCCUCCGUGGGAAAUUCAUGGCUGCAAAGUUUAAAUAAUAAAAUCAUUCGAGAAUGUCCGGAAAUUUGAGAAAAGUAGAAAAGCAUUUCACUGGUGAAAAAGUAGUCAAUGAUCCAUCGAAUUAUUUCUUCAAUUAUUUUUUUAAACAAUAGUUGUCUCGCUUGAGAGACUAGAAUGUUUCCAUAUAACACGUCAUUUCAGACAAACGGAAGCAUAAAUUAUUUAUUACAAAAUUCUGACACUGAUCAGGAUUUUAUAUUGAGCAUGGAAUUUUUAUUUAUUUUCUCUGAUUCUUUCAGAUUUUUUAUUUAUUUUAAUCUUCUCCCUAAUCUCGAAAAGUUCAGUUCCUCAUGAGACUGCGUUGUUCUUGCACUUGUAGAUUAAUUCUUAUCAAUAAUACUAGACUGCCGAUUGAGCACAAACUCAAUCAGAAUGUUUUUAUUCGUAUUAACUUUUAUUCGCAAUUUAUUUCAUAUUUUACUCUUCAAAAUUCGAGUUGUAGGCACUGCUUUGAAUUCCCUACAAAAAGGUCUCUUGAUAAAUUUCAAUGGAGCUCAUCGUUUUGACAAUAUUUUCAAAAUAAUCGUCACUUUACAACUAUUGUAAUUUCUGGUUUUGGGAGAAAAUGUUGAGAGAAUUUUUUUUAAGUGAAGGAAAUCGAAGAGAAGAACUGCAGGCAUUUGCUUCUCGAAUUACUCACCACUGAAUUUUACUUAUUAAAAAAUUGCGAAAGAUACUCACGAGUGAAGAAUGUUUUUAAACAAAUUUAAUGAAUAUCUAGCAGGGAAUGAUAAUCAAAAUCCUCUGGGAAAACACUUUGAAAUGUUUGCAAGGGAAACAAGUUUUUUUGGGCACACGUAAUUUCCAUUUUUUGGGGUAAAUCUUAUUCUACUGGAUGGAAAUUUUUAGAGAUGAAUUAUGCACUCUAGAGCGUAUCUAACAGCUUCGUUAGAGCACCGUAUUUAAUCAGUAUUGAGAAGCCAAAAUCGAGUGUAAUUGUGAAGAAUACUCACUCACAAUAAAUUUUACAAUAUGAGAAAACA